AUGGCUAAAAGCGUGGCCGUGAUAGGCGCUGGGCCGUCAGGUGCCAUUGCCGUCGAUGCAUUGAUGCAGGAGAAGGUAUUCAACGUGCGUGUCUUUGAAAGACAGGAGAAGGCGGGUGGAUGCUGGGUCUCAAGAGAUGAUGCGCCACCACAAAAGUUCGACCUUGAUGGUCUAGCAGCGCGCAUAGCAGAUGCGCCAUUGAAGAUCCCUGAGCAGCUCCCGUGCCGUACACCGGUGGUAAGCCAGGAUCGUUUCACUGAUUCACCGGUCUAUCCUGGACUGGAGACGAACGUGGACGUAGGUGCCAUGGAGUUCUCGCAGGAGAAGAUCCCUUCAGUCCGGUCGCAGUGGUCAAUUGAGCGUCACGGCGAGGAUACACCAUUUCGGCAUCAUUCUGUCAUUAGACAGUAUAUUGAGGACUUGUUCACGAAAAAGGGCAACGCCCAUCUUGUGCAGUACAAUACUACUGUCGAACGGGCGAUCAAAGACCAGGCUAGCCAAAAAUGGAUCCUUACUCUUCGACGCACAGAAGGCCCCGUUGGGAGUCAAUCUGACUAUUGGUGGUCGGAAAGUUUCGAUGCACUCGUGGUUGCCUCUGGCCACUAUGCAGUACCUUAUAUCCCUGCCAUCCCGGGGCUGAAAGAGUUUGCAGAGCGGUACCCGGGCAGCAUCGAACACACCAAACACUACCGUGGACCGGCAAAAUAUCGUGGCAAGAAAGUCGUGACAGUCGGAGCGUCAGUAUCGGCUGCGGACACGGCAGUCAGUCUGGUUGGUACCGCCAAAUCACCUAUUCACUGCGUGACACGCGGUCGCUAUAACGUGUACUUUGGCAAUGAUGCAUUCCAGCACCCCAUGAUUCAAGAGAGGGCGCCAAUCUCGCAUAUCAGCAUCGAGGACCGAACGGUUCACUUCGAAGAUGGUUCAUCCGAGACUGGCGUAGACAACAUUCUCUUCGGAACCGGAUUCACCUGGACACUUCCUUUCCUACCCAACGUGCAAACGCGCAGCAAUCGUGUUCCGGAUCUGUAUCAGCAUACCUUCUACCGCCACGAUCCCACCCUGGUGUUUGUUGGAGCUGUCGGAGCUGGUCUCACAUUCAAAGUCUUCGAGUGGCAAGCUGUGGCCGCUGCGCGCGUACUAGCAGGCAAAGCCACUCUCCCCAGUCUCGCCGAGCAAGAGAAGUGGGAGACUGAUCGCAUCGCAGAGAGAGGCGACGGGCCUGCGUUCACGGUCAUCAACCCGGAGUUCAAGGCCUAUUUCGAGGCUAUGCGCCAACUCGCCGGUGAACCACAGAAUGGCAUCGGACGCCCACUCCCUCCGUUUGACGAGAAGUGGGUCGACGACUUCAACGCAGGCCACGAACGGCGCAAGAAGAUGUGGAGACGGAACAAUGCGGUGGGGAAGCUGUAG